UUCAAAGGACCCUUCAAGGGUUUGGCUUGUAAUUACUGAAGAUGGACAUAUGGUCACUGCUCGGCAGGAACCACGCCUGGUCUUGAUUUCUGUAAACUGUGAAGAUGGCUACUUAAUGCUGAAUGCUUCAGAUAUGAAGGAACUUCGUGUUCCUAUCAAACUCCCCAAGAAAAAUCCAGUUCACAAUUGCAGGCUCUUUGGAAUGGAUAUCCAAGGCAGGGACUGUGGAGAUGAGGCAGCUCAAUGGAUCACCACCUACUUGAAUGCACAGUCCUAUCGAUUGGUGCAUUUUGAGCCACACAUGGUGCCUAGGAAGUCAAGAGACAUAUUCACCACUUUCCGAUCCACAGAUAAGAUUUCCUAUCCUGACUGCAGCCCAGUCCUGAUCGUCUCAGAAGCUUCAUUGGAAGAUCUCAAUACUAAGAUGGAGAAGAAAGUUCAGAUAAAGAACUUCAGACCAAAUAUUGUUAUUACGGGUUGCGGUGCUUUUGAGGAGGAUUCCUGGAAUAAGAUACAAAUUGGUGAUGUGGAGAUGAAAGGAACAAUGGGUUGCCCCAGGUGUAUUUUAACAACAGUUGAUCCAGAAACUGGUAUCAUUGACAGAAAGGAGCCAUUGGAAACACUGAAAAGUUACCGUUUGUGUGAUCCUUCUGAGAGACAUCUCUACAAAUCUCACCCUCUGUUUGGAUGGUAUUAUGGAAUUGAUAAAACCGGAACGAUUCAAGUUGGAGACCCUGUGUACAAGAUAGUCCAUUAAUGGAAGAUGCAUUUUGAGUGGAGGAUGAUUGUUCUUUUUUAUAUGCAAAUGUUUUUUUUUAAGCGCAUAGAGCCUGAGAUAAAUCUUUGAUGUUAUCUUGAGGUAACAUUUUUCUGUUUUGCAUUCCUUGGGGCUGUGUAAAGCACGCUGUCCUUGAUUGUCUACAGAUCCUAUGAGGUGCCAAAGUCUUCUCAAGCCAGUCAGUCCACUAAUGUGCCUUGAGACCCUGAAUCUAAAACUAAAUCUUUAGUUUUCCUUUGGAGUGUAAAAGGCAAGCUGUAAAACACUUGGAUCAAGUGAUAAAGUGAUUUUCAGUCUUUGACACACACACAUGCACACUCUGUCUUUUAUAUUGUCACUAUCUGUGGAGUAAGGCAAGAGGGUGAAAAAAGUUGGAUGAUGAUAGUUGAAUGUGCCCUUCAAGGUUUGCAUACAUUUUAAAUUCCUAAUUAAAUUGUAAUACCUUAAGAAAACCAGCUUUGAAAUGUUUUGAUCUCUUGUUUGUCUGGAAAUGGAUGACAGGAGAGGGAUCACGUGAGGAUUAGCUGUUGUGUUCCCUCCUUCUGGGGCAUCUGGCAGUAGCCACUGUCAGAAGACAGGAUAGUGGGCUAGAUGGACCUUUGGUCUGAUCCUGCAUGGCCGUUCUUGUGUUCUUAUGUUGUUAUGGGGUGGCAGAGAGAGCAAGACAUUUUGAACCAGCAAAAGAGUGGGUUGUGACAAGGCAUGAAGUAGGUUAGACUGUUUUUGGAGCUUAGAUUUGUAGUGAACAUUGAAGAACAGUUCUGUUUGAACAUUCUUGAAUAACAAUGUACACAUUUAUUAAAGUGAAGAGCUGAGCUGAGCUGGGCUGUUGUUGACUCACUUAACAGCCAGCACUUACCAUGCUUGUUGCAAUUAAUACAUGCCUGCUUGCCUACCUACUUAUCUCACAUUGGUGUUGCUGAGGAUUGACUAAGGUUUGUAAAGUGCUAUAUAAAUACUAAGUAGUAGUGUGGCAACAUAUGUCCCAGUAUUAGCCCCUGAAAAAAGGUAUCUGCAGUACACAAUGCAGUGUAUGGUUGCAGGCUGUGGUAGAACAAGUGUCAUCAGGGACAGAAUUUGGUGAACCCUGUAAAGAAAUUGAACAACAUUUAAAUCCAUUACAAUGACAGUAAUAGUGGGUUUUGUGGGCUCUCAGGUGGGUAUGGUCUUACGAAUAUUUGUAAUAUAAAUGUUUAACUUUUUUAAUUGAUGGAAAUGCAAUUAUGUGAUUGAAGCAAUUCCAGGAUCAUGAUUGUAUAAACAUUGCUAAUCUGACAAUUCAACACUGGUUUCUAAAAUUAUGCACUUAAGCAGAUUUUAAACUGGAAAUAUAGAUCAAAAUAUAAACUUCUGCAGAGUCUUUACUAUUGUU